GAUCUCUAGUAAACAAAUUAUUGUAAACGUUACUCGUUUAAAAUCUAGAGUUACAAAGAGUUGAUCUAGCAUAGAUCUAGACUAGAUCUCUAGUAUCAUCUAGUAGUCUAGAUUCUAGUUCUAGAGUCUAGAUAGAUCAAUUUCUUUCUGACUAGAUAUAGCAUCUACGACCCACAAACUAAAAAUACUACUAGUACUACGGCAACUAAUAUUGAACUAGAUCUAGGCCAAUCUAGCAGUUUGAAGCAUCUUUGUGCUGAUUUAAGUGACCAUGAAGAGCUCAGCUUUACUGUCUGGAGCAGCUAAGGCAGCAUCAUACAACAUGCUGCUGCAGCUGGCAUUGCGAAUGACAACAUUUGUUUUAAAUGCAUUCAUUCUGAGAUAUAUUUCUAAAGAUCUUCUAGGAAUUGUUAAUGUUAGGUUAACUUUGCUUUAUUCAACAACCUUAUUUCUAGCAAAAGAAGCUUUUGACAGAGCAUGUCUCAGCAAGUCAGAGGAAAGAGAUUGGAGACAGGUCAUCAAUCUUCUUUGGUGCACUUUUCCAAUAGCAUUAAUUUGGUGUGGCAGCCUGGGAUACAUUUGGUUAUAUGUUUUGGAUAACCCUGAUAGUACUUCAUCUAUUACUGGAUAUACAGCAGGUGUUAUCUGUUACUCCAUGUCCACUGCCAUUGAAGUUUUAGCAGAGCCUUUAUUUGUUGUUGGACAAAGUUUUCUGUUUGUCAAACUAAAAGUAGUCUUGCUUGGCAUUUCACAAGGUAUUAAAUGUAUACUCACAGUUUUCCUAGUUUUAAUGCAGCCACAGUGGGGCAUAAUCAAUUUCUCCAUAGCACAAUUAGUUUCCAGUAUAGUUUACGUGACACUUUAUCAUGGGUACUUUGCACAUUAUAUCCUGAAGAAUAAAAAGGAUGAUGAUUUCCCCUUGAAGUCUAUACGUGAUAUGUAUCCAAGAAUUAUUCCUAAUAAACCAUUUAUUGACCUCCACAUGGCAAGCUUGACGUGGAGCUUUUUUAAACAAUCAUUUUUGAAACAAAUAUUAACUGAAGGGGAGAAGUACAUAAUGACAUUUUUUGAUGUUCUCUCUUUUGCGGACCAAGGCAUUUAUGAUGUCAUCAAUAACUUGGGAUCACUUGCUGCCCGCUUUGUGUUUCUUCCUAUAGAAGAAAGUAGCUAUUUGUUUUUCUCUCAAAUUCUGACCAGGGGUUCUCCAGCACACAAACAAAGUCAGGAUUCACUAAGAUUAUGUGCAAGUGUGUUAGGUGUUCUUCUAAAAGCAGUCUCUUUGAUUGGUGCAAUUAUUCUUGUCUUUGGUUAUUCCAAUGCUUACUUGGCUUUACAUUUAUAUGGAGGAGAAAUUUUGUCCACUGGAAGUGGUCCCCUACUGCUUAGAUGGUAUUGUUUGUAUGUGUUGUUUAUAGCAGUGAAUGGAACCACUGAAGCCUUUGUAUUUGCUGCCAUGAGCAAAGAGGAAGUUGAUAAGUAUAACAAAAAGAUGUUGCUUUUCUCAGGACUUUUCUUGUUUUCUUCAUGGUUGCUGACCUCUUUGAUAGGCAGUGUAGGAUUUAUUUUAGCUAAUUGCCUUAAUAUGGUUGCACGCAUAAUUCACAGUUUGUAUUUUAUUUCUGAAUAUUUUCACAACACAACGUAUCAUCCCCUUUAUGGUGUGGUUCCAUGUCUUCCAGUUGUAUUUAGUCUGAUUGUUUCACUCCUGGUUACAUCUAUUUCUGAGUAGAACAUCCUUGGAUAUGAUGGAGCCAAGAUAAAAAUGGUCAGCAUUUCCAGUGGUUGGCCAUAAUUGCAUAAAUGCUUACGUAAGGUGCAGUAUUCGUGUUCUGGACUAGUAUAAUCUUAAUCUUGUUUUGACCUAUUGUAAAUGAAGUUAAUCUUUUUUUUUCUGAAAUUAAAUAAAUACUAGAAUUUACUAGAGACUACAUCUAUAGAUCUAGAAUCUAAAGCUGUAGUUGACUCACUCUACUUUAGAGGUUAACUCUAGCCUCUCUCUUCUCUAGUUAAACUUAGAAAGAUUAUAUCUACUCUAUGAUCUAGCCAAUAUUAAACUUUAUUAAAUUUUAAAUUAAAUAUAUAUAGAUAGAUCUUGACUUCUAGUAAACCUUAUAUAGAUUUAGAACUAUAUAGAUCUAGAUUAAUAAAUUAAUAAUAUUAAUAGAAGUUAGAAUUAGGUACUUUGACAUCCCUACUCCACUGACCUAUAAACUGCUAGACUAGCUGCUAUAUAUAUCUAUAUAGUUUUGAAACACCAUGGCUAGACUUCCAAAACCAUGGUGUUAGUUGAUUGAUUGUUGUUUUUACAUUUGCUUCAUGUUUUAAAAACCCUCAUGCUAAUCUUAAAGGAGGAUUCUUAAGCUUUUCAAUGAUACCACAUUGUCAACAAAUGAAAGUCGUAUUUAUUUAGAAAAUUUACAGUAAAGUCAUAGGUAAGAAUGAUUUUGCAUUUAAUAUAAUUUUUAAGCAAGCUUGGAAUUUUUUUAUUGAAUUUAGACCUAGAUUUAUGCUUAAAGUUUGUUAUUUCAUUAUUUUUUAAUGAAAUUUUGUCCUCCAAAAUUAAAAAAACUUCCCCCAACAUGCUAUAAAUGAUGCCAAAUUAGGCUAUUUUUCUAAAUGGGUACGUGGAAAAAUUAUAACUACCAUAACAAUCUAUGACUAUAGUAUCACAAUCAAUAUUUUUAUUAUAGAGUAGUGUUAGAAAUAUUUUUUUUCUAUAUUUAGGUACACAAAAUAUAAAAGGAAAUCAGCUAAUUAAGGCAAGUUUGGGUCCAUCCUGAAGAUGUUAAAUAAAGUCACUCCAUGAUGCAGUGACAUGUGGCGCCAGACAUUAGUAAUUCUUGUGGAUAAUAUGAAGUAUAAAUGAUUUAUGCAUUGUUUAACAGCUUAUCUUUGAUCAACCAAGUGGAGAGAAUGCUAUCAAGGUGUUAUUUUACAUUAUAUUUAUAAAUAUUAUAAAGCUGAGGAAUUUUCUACGAAACGGCAUUCUAGAAAAAGGAUCGAAGUCAAUUUUCAAACUAUUGGAUUAGCUGUGAAUGAAUGCAUGUUAGCUACAUGUGAGAUGAAACAUUCAAAUUCAAAAUCAUAUAAUGGGGUAGCUGUGUUCCAAAUUUCAAGCUUUUAUCUAUUAUGGUUAUAAAGUUAUGAUGAGAUAAAGACGAAAAUUCAUUUUUUCGAUCACAGCUUUUUGGACAUUUUCUAUAGUCCAUUU